UGGUUUGUCUCCCUGUAUCUCUACACACAGCCACACAGACACACUCAGCUGUGUGCAUCUAGACACCAAAAGAUACAUCGAGGUAGCUACAAUACAGGAAAAUGAGCAACUCAGGGUUUGAAAACAAGGAUGGGCAAGAACCUUUAAAGUAUAUCAGUAAACAGGAAGCUGAAGCCUUAGAAACAGAAUUACUGGAAGAUUACCGCUUCGGGAAGCAACAACUUAUUGAGAUAUUAGGACACAGCUGUGCAGUGGCAGUAACCAAGGCAUAUCCCUUGAAAACACUUUCUAAAAAGCAGCCGACUGUUUUGAUCGUUUGUGGUUCAGAGCAGAAUGGUGCUAUUGGCCUGGUUUGUGCUCGAAAUCUGCGUGCAUUUGACUAUGAACCAACAAUAUUUUACCCUAAGAGAUCUCUAGACAAUAUCUAUAAGGACUUGACAAUUCAGUGUGAGAAGAUGGAUAUUCCUUUCUUGUCUUACCUUCCAACAGAAGUGCAGCUAAUCAAUGAUGCAUACAAUUUAGUGGUAGAUGCAGUACUGGGUGUUGAAGAAGACACUGUGGAAUUAAAAGAACCAUGGACAACAAUUCUGACAACAAUUAAGCAGAUAAAGAUCCCAAUCAUUAGCUUGGACAUUCCAUCAGGCUGGGAUGUAGAGGCUGGAAAUUCUGAAGGCAUUAUUCCUGAAGUGCUCAUUUCAUUUUCUGCUCCCAAAACAUGUGCCAUUCAUUUUGCUGGAAAACACCACUUUAUUGCUGGGAGAUUUUUACCUUACGAUAUACAGAAGAAAUUUGAUUUGAACCUACCAAAGUUUCCAGGGACAGAAUGUGUGAUGGAGCUUUAGAACAAACUACCAGCUUUCAAAACUUUGACCUGGGAAUAAAUGUAAUACAAAUGUGUGUAUUUUUCUGUAUAUGUGUGUUUUUAAUAGAAAGGAGACAUUAGGCUUUUUGCUGGAAUAUAUACAAUUACAAGGAAAUGUGCAGAGAAAUGCAAGUUUAAAUGUCACUAGGUCACAGCUAAUAAAUGACCAACCUGCUGUCCAUGGGUCACACAGCGCCAUCCUGUCCCUUACAAGUGGUCAUGAGCCUUAACAAUGAAAUAACAGUAUAAACAGCUAGAGAAAUAGGAAAAUACAACUACAGUACAAAAUGUCAGAAAUUCAAGUGUUCAAUUAUAGCUGGUGUCAUUUAAAAAUUUUUUGUAUGUUUCUUUACCCCUCUGCAGCUCUGAUUUCUUCACGUUCUGUGGGCAGGCACUAGUGUGAUCCUGUGACAAGGAAGCAGCUGUACUUCCCAGGAGUACAUUGCAAUGCCUUGGUAACUGCUGCCUUCCUCAACUGACCUGUAUAAAAGUAUUCACUUACACACAGCUUCAAGAUCUCACUAAUACAUCGAACUAUGUAAACUUAUUUCCCUGCAUUUUUUUCUCCACUGGCCCACCAAUUCAUCCUUAUUAUUUGUGCUUUAUCUAUAAGCCUUGUAGAAGGGGACCCUUCAAACAGUAUUGUCAGCAAGCAAACAGACCCAAACAGGCAAAGUUCAGUAGUCUUGGGUUUAUUGCAACAAUUCCCAUACAGCAAUAAAUCAUGCUUGCAGUAUAAAAGAAACUUAAACGUCCCUGACAUCAGGUUCUUAACAUAAACAUAAACUUAUGAGUUUCAUACCCCAAACUGGGCACAUUCAGUCCCAAAGUCAGUCUUUUUGGUGUAGUUCAUCAAUAUCCAACAUACCACAGACAAGCUGAUCCGUUUCAGAGAAACUCCUCUCUGCUGUUCUCUAGCAGUGCUCACACAGCUGUGAGAUCAGGUUCAGGACUAAAACACACACCAAAACUUAAGUAUGUAAGUGUCUUUAUCUGCAGAACCUUCAGUCACUCCCAGAACCUGGGCCCAAAUUCAAUGUUAUGUCACUGAGGCAAGAAGCUUCAUGCUUAUUUUCUUACCAUUGUGGAAAUAUACACAAACAUUAUCAUGGAAUGAUCCCUUAAAGAGUACCUGUCACCAAAUAACAUUUUUAAUAUAGUGUUCCUUGUGUAAUAAGCAGACACAUUCCCAUUCACUUGCUUUUAAAAUGAUCAACAUUAAUAUGUUUAAAAUGUUAAAUAAAAAAACAGCCACUAGGUGGCUCUGUUCUGUUCCCUGACACAAUUAAUACAGUGAGUUCGGUCUCCUUUCAGCCUGGCAGGAGUCCAAACUCAGGAAAUGCUUCUCUGCACUGAGCUUUAUUGACAGCUGAACAGAAAGUAAAAGCUUCACAGAUUCUCACAGAAAGCUGCACAGACUAAAAGCUGCUGGACAGCCUCACCGAUAGCAACACAGACUGAAACAUACACAGAGCCUGAGGUCUACUAUUCAUCACAGCACUGCAAUUAUGUGAUGGUGGAAGUGAUCCCCCAGCAGGCUUCAGUGAUGUUAUGCCUACUGGGAAACUCCCACUUUCUCCUGCUGUGGAAUUGCACUAUUAGAGCAAGCUUUUUAAAGCUGUGAAAUUGUUUUUAAGGGCAGGAGGGGUGUUAGGAGUAGUUAGGGAACAUAGCCUGAGGUAAUUGAGAACAGCUUAUUUGGUGACAGGUACUUUUUAAGGUAGAAAGUCUAUUAAAAAAAUUGGAAGGAUGUAGAUACUUUGUUAGGCCUCCAAUCUGGUUGACCACCAUAUCUCUAAACUCAGUUAGCCUUUCUAAAUCAUUACCAAAUAUAGUGAUAAAUGUUUCUACUGUAUAUUUUGAUAUUAAUGUGGUAGAGGGUGUGAUGCAAAGGUCAGAUGGAAUUACCCUAGGGGCAGAUGGCAUUAGCCCCUUGUUUUCCUGACACCAGGGCAUGAUUUAUCCUCAAUACCACCAGAAGGUAUACCGAUGGAUCCACGGGGGCAAUAAUGACUCUGAUGCCAAGUUACGGACACAAUAGCCUUCCUGAGGUUAGACUGGUGGAAAAGUCUAUACAGUUCAGCCAGGCCCAUGGAAGUGACCAGUGACUUCAGAGACCUUAAGGGCUUUCUGGGACUUGUAGUAGAGGUGGACAAUUUAGUGCAGGCCACAUUGACAAGACAGAUGUCUUUCUCUUGACUGACUUGUGACUGACAAGACUGUGACUGUGGCUUACUUCCCAUACUGGGCGACCACAUUGAAGAACAACUCGACAAAAAAAGGUGUUUCCAUUGUAAUUAUUCAUUAGAGUCCUUUGGACUAGUGUUUGCUAAUUUGCAGCCCAAAUAUAUGCAAGCAAUUGAUAGCAACAAGACCCUAUUGAUAUAACCUGAUGAGGACAAAUGGAAAUCACCCACUAUUACUCUUAAGAGGAGACUUAUCAAAUCCUGUGCAGAGGAAAACUUGACCAGUUGUCCAAAGCAACCAAUCAGAUCGCUUCUUUCAUUUUGCAGAGGCCUUUUCAGAAAUGAAAGUAGCGAUCUGGUUGGUUGCUAUGGGCAAAUGGUCAAGGUUUCCUCUGCACAGGUUUUGAUAAAUCUCGCCCAUGGUGUGUAUAUUGAUACAUGACAACAGUGCAAAAAGUUUGAGUGAGAACAAUCCCCAUUUUAGUGCUGAUAUGGUAUGUAUAUCUUAUACAAGCAGACGUGCAUAUUUCCUGUAUGGGAAGAAAAUGUCCUGCAGGUAAGCAAAAGUGUUUCCAAUUAUUACACUAUAUUGGGGAAGUCCUAUUUAACCAUUCUGACCACAGACUUCUUUGGAAAAUGAGAGUAUGUUCACACACAAAAAAAAAUAUGACCGUAUUAAAUUUACUGACAUAUUUUAAGCUCUUUCCUGGGGUGGAUGAAAUUGUCUGUCACCAUUAUUUGGGUUUCAUUAUGCUGUAUAAAUGACAUCUUAACUUUAUUCUACUUGUCAAUACAAUUACAGUGAUAUAAAAUGUAUAUAGUUUUUGUUAUGGUUAACUACUUUUAAAAAAUAAAAAACGUAUUACCACAAUCUGGCGCCUAUCACUUUAUUACUUUUGCAUCUAUAGAUUUGUAUGACUGUUUUUUUGUGGAAUAAGCUGAACUUUAUAAAGGUAGAUGUGAAUUUUUUAUUACUUCUAAUUCCAUUUUUUGGGGAGGCAAUGAGACAAAAGAACAGCAAUGCUGACUUUU